GCUUCCAUAUAUAUAGAAUUGAAGCUAUCAACCUGAUCAACUCAGCAUUCUAUUGGUGCCUUUGAUCAGCGGCAGCGCAAGAGUUAACAAAAUGAGCUCGGUGGUGAAGCUCGGAACGUGGGGCGGGGACGGUGGCAGCGCCUGCGACAUCACGGUGGCGCCGCAGCGGCUCGAGAGCAUAACCAUCCGCUGGGGCAAGGUCCUCGACUCGAUCGCCUUCACCUACAGGGACCGGGAGGGGCAGCUGCACACGGCCGGCCCCUGGGGCGGCAACGGAGGGGAAAAGGCCGACCCGGACACGAUAACCCUCGGUCCCUCGGAGUACGUAACGGAAGUUGCCUGGUCCGUCGGCCCGUUCAAGCUCAAGAACGUGGACCGUUGCAUCAGCUCGAUCAAGUUCGUGACCAACCACGCCACGUAUGGGCCUUUCGGGUACGGGGUAGACAGCACGCACCACAGCAUGCCCGUGCUCAACAACGGCAGCAUCGUCGGCAUGUUCGCCCGCGCCGGAGACUACCUCGACGCCAUCGGCUUCUAUGUCCUCCCGUUCUAAUUCAAGUCAAUCCGACCCAUUGCUGCAUUCCUGGUUUCUCUCGAUUGUUGAGGAUCAUUUUCUGUAACAAAUAGGGUAUCCAGCCUUUUGGGCUGCAUGCGCUUUGAAAUUGAAAUUCGAACGGCGAGGUGUGCGUUCUUGUUGUACACACAUAGUGAAAUUGGUAAAGUUGAGAGAUUCUGAAUUACGUAUAUUGUAUAUCUACCUCUGCCCUGUUUAUUAGAAGCUAAAUUAUUGCUCUAACUACUAAACUUGCAAAUUGUUGGCCCAGUCCAACCUGGAAAA